AUGGAGCAGAUUAUCCUCUUGUGCCUGGUUUCCACCUUUCUAUCGGCUGCACAUGCUCAGAAAUAUUUGUUCAGCCCAAAACAGGGUCCCAUUGGCUAUAAAGAACGGGAUGAGUAUGAUGGGACAGCAAUGGAUGAAAUCAUUAAAGCUAAUGAGUUCCAAGCUUCCAGAGUUGUAGACCGCUCUACCAGUUUCAGAGAGGGAGACAUUGCUGUUUCUUCUGGAAAACGCUCCAAAGUCUGCUUUGCUCGUAGCUGCCUCUGGUCUAAGUCAGUGGAUGGACACGUCUAUGUUGCUUAUAAGCUCUCACCUGAUUACUCUGAAAUGGAGAUAAAGCUCAUAAAGAAAGGGAUGGAGGGUGUACAGAAAGGUACUUGUGUGCGGUUUGUUCCUUGGACUCACCAACGAGACUACGUCGACAUCCAGCCAAAGUCCGGCUGUUGGUCCUUCCUCGGUGCGCGUGGUGGAAGACAGACCGUGUCUCUUCAGAGCCCCGGCUGCCUCAAUGUCGGAGUGAUCUCCCAUGAAUUCAUGCACGCUCUGGGCUUUGUGCACGAGCAAUCUCGCUUUGACCGGGACAACUAUGUCACCAUCAUGUGGCCAAACAUUUGGAGGGAUCGGGUGAGGAACUUUGAGAAAUUCAAGACUGACAACAUGGACCUACCGUAUGACUACAGCUCAAUUAUGCACUUUGGGAUGUAUGCCUACUCUCAGGACGGGGAGCCAACCAUCAUUCCAAAGAACAGCAAGAACAUCAAGGACAUAAAGCUCGGCCAGGCGUCAACUCUCAGCCGUAUUGACAGGAUGAAAAUCAACAAGCUUUACAAAUGUGGUGUCACGGAUGACUAA